UGAAGCUUCGCUUACUCAACUCUCAAGGUAUUUACUGUGACCCGAUUUUGAUAACGUUGAAGUGUAGCGUUAUCUUCAAUAUAGGUCUCAUUCUGAUAAUUUAUCUAUCAUAUUGAUGGUAUCAAAUUGUAAACAAUUAAAACACCCCAAAUCUCAUUAUAGGGUGAGAGAUUUCGGUGGGUUGUAACUAAACCCGGUUCGCCCGGAGCGUUCCGAGAAGAACAUGUAUAAACAUUGUAUGCAUAUUCCAUACUUGUCAAAUAGUGCGUUUUGUCUUUACAUAUUCAGCUCGUGUGUCAAUCACUCAGGUCCCUGGGGUAAACUCCUCACGUGGAUGGAUUAGUUCAAACGAACUGGAAUAAGAUUACAAGUGAGAAUAUCAAUCAAUUCAUACUCGACUCUGGUCAGUCGAUUCAUUUAAUACACAGAGUAUCCACGUUCUCUGAGAGAUAAAGGAUUCGACCAUAGGUAAACCAUUUUGGCAAGAACUUGAAAUCCUAAAGUAAUUAGAACUUCUUCAAAAUGAAGUGAAUGCUUGCCCAGUUAAAACGCAAUUGUUGCCCUGACUUAGAUUUUCAGACCUUUUCUAAUAGCUUACUGGAUUAAUGACUGAGAUGUUCAUUAAAAUGUGGUCUCAAACGGUAGUAUCGUCGUUUAUAGCUGACUCUGAUGAGGACCAGGACUGGAGCAAUGCGAAAAGGAAGAAAUGGAAAACUCAAUUGCUCAUUGCGAUAAAGGAAGGAGAUGUUCAAGAAGUUCAAUUGCUGCUCGAUUCCGCGCCAGGUGAGCUGUGUGAUGUCCUUAACGCGCCUCUGACUGAAAAGAUUACUAAACCAACCGGUCGACUGCAUUAUUCGAACCCGGACAGUUUUGGUUCGAAUUGCUUUCGAUUUUCUCUCCCAAUCAUCUUGGCAGCUGUGCACGGUGAUCUCGAGAUUCUAGACCUUCUAUGCCAUAAUGGAGCAAGCAUCUAUACCAAGGAUGUCGAAGGAGAUAAUGUCAUUCAUGCGCUUAUUUGGAUCGCAGCCUUUAACCCGGCAAAGGAAAGAGGACUGAGUCUGAUAUAUCAGAAACUUAUGAAACAGGCAAGGACAGAUGAAAACAAGAAAAUGUUGCUUCUUGUCGAUGAUAAUGACGGUUUACGUCCGAUAGAACUUGCAGCGAAGCUUAGCACGUUUGUGCUGUUAGGGUGUAUCACAGAUACAAUGGGCGUGUACAAAAGUGUUCUGGCAGUUUCCCCAAUAGCCCGGAAGGUCAGGUACGACUUUUCCGAAUAUGAGUCGCGAUCGGGGGAAACGAAAGUUCGAAUUGUGGUGUCGCCACUGAACUUCUUACGGAUGAUACCUGAUGAGGAGAUGGAAAAGGCUGGGGCAAAGGAAAUCUUUGAGGGUCCAGUUAUGACGAAGUGGAUUCAAGUGAAACUCAGACAGAGCCACAGGGUGAUGGUAUUGCCCUUGAUUAAUCUCAUAUUAUGCAUCAUAGGCAUUACCCUAGCGGAUGAAUAUGGCCACAGCAACUACACUUGUCCAGCAAACAGCACCGUCACGGCUUUUAAUGUACACAGUCAAGUGAAAUGGGCUAUAUUCUACACCGGAGUUGUGAUGUCAAUUUUCAACUCUUGUUUAUAUAUAUUGUUCGUUUUGAAAGGGAUGUGUAGUGUCAAGAGAGUUCAUCCCUCCGGUACGAGGCGGGUAAUGCGACCAUGGGCCCUACAAAAAAACAAAGAUGUUGGGAUGGAAAACGGUCGGGUCUUCCAUUUUCUCUGUCUGGCUAAAGCGGUUUUAUUGUCCAUCCACGCUAUUGUCACAUUGACUGUACCGAAUUGGUUUGAGGGAACGUCAGGUGAAGUGAUGCUAAUGAACCGAGUUGUUUUACAAAUACUUCUGUGGAUGUUGGCUCUCUAUUACGUUCAACUUCUACCAUGGAUUGGAUACACUAUCUCCGGAGCCUUGAAGUGCUUCAAAAUAUCUUUCUCAUUUCUUGUCGUAUUUAUCAUAUUUUACGUGUCUGCCUCAGAAGGGCUGCGCUCGAUUGCACGAUAUUUCUGCUUCCCCCAGAUGGGGUAUUCAGAAGACUCCAUCUACACUACGUUCUUGAUAAUGCUGAAUAUGUUCGACAUGAGAGAGCUGGUUACAGCAAGCGCCCACCAUUCGUUACCGAUAAUAUUUAUCCAUGUUUUCAUCGUCGCCGUCCUUGGAAUAAUGUUGUUAAACUACUUGAUUGCUUUAUUCUCUGAAGCUGUUGGAAAUGUAGAAAGACACAGAGCCAUCAUUAAAAACAUUACAAUGUUAAAUGUUGCCAUGGAUUCUAUCUUUGUGCAGAUGGAGUGCUAUGAACUGCUUCCUGAGUGCCUUAGGGCGAAGCCGACUCCUUUCUACAUAGAUAUUGAAGAAUAUACUGUGUAAUAGUAUAAGCUUUGUGUUGUAAUAUAAGGCAUGUGUGAAAAUGGGAUAAUAUCAAAUGAUAACAUAAGAUUAUAGUUGUGAUAAAGUUAACAAACAGCCAGUGAAACGAGCACAAAUUUUAAUAGCUGUCAAACUAACUAAAGUGAACUUAAAAAUACAGUUCAUCACUGACGAACACAAAAUAAAACUAAAGCAGUUAACGAACACAAAAUGCUAUCAAUAAUCAAAGAUGGUUAUAAGGAAGGUAGAACAUGUAUAUGUACAACGAUUUUUGAUAUAACUCUGCAACGAUAGAGAGCUUUCGGGUUGCUUCAGUCAAAAUCAUACAAAAAAGCAAAAGUACAAAUAACGUGCUAUUACAUGUAUUAUCGCGAACGUAUUGCGAACACAAGGCAAAAGUAACACAUUGCAUCCUUUAAACGCUUAGCCACACCGACAUGCUAUUAUCUGUUAUUAAGGCGAGAAGAAAAGUUACGAACUGUUGUGCAAUUAAAACACUUGACCACACAGACAAACAACACAUUUAAUUGAAAGUAAA